UAUCUGAUCACUCAAAGACGGAACAGUUUCCCGGUCUUGAUUUUUGUUGGCUGAUCCCCUGUUUCAGUAUGUGCCUUUCAGUCAAUAUGCUUCAUAUAUGGAUCAGCAAACUUGAGAAGCAGACGAUUUUUAUGAUAUAAAAUAUGAUAUUAUUCGAUCCGCUAACUACCGCUCACACAUAAGGACCUCAAUAACAUUUAAAGAUACACGAUCUACACAUGUUAUGUGCCACGUAUAUCUGGAAUAUUAUGGAGAAACUUGGGAAAAUUGAAUUUUAAAUGGUAAACAAUCAAUCACGAUCUUGCCUCUAUAUUAAAAUAUGCAGACAUUUCCCCAAAUAAAACACAUGGAACUAAGAUUAACAAAGGUAAACAAAAACUGCACAUCGAUUAUCCAUUAUUUCAUUGAUUUUCUAUCAACUGCGCAUAUAAUUUGUGAAAUAUAAAUGUCCAAUCACGAACUAAUUCAGUCCCUUCUCACGGUGACGAUCAUAGGACCAAAGAAGACUAGUAUGAAGAGAAUGUUAUUCAGAUGACAAUUACCGUCACCUGUUAGUGAAUUCAUUAUCUAAGCGAUGAAUGUCCAUCUCUUCAUAGGUCCAUGAUUAAAGCUAGGUCAAUACAAUUUGCGUAAUGAAACAUUACUUAACAUCAUACUAGGAAUCUCAAAAUCAAACAUCCAAGAGCUAACAAUUUCGAAUGGCUUUGUAGGUGAGUUUCCAGAGGGUUUAUUUGAACCACUGCGCAACUCUCCCCUCUCUGUUCUGAAAUUCAACGGGAAUAACAUAUUCGGCCACGAUCUUUCAGUCUUUUCUAAUUUGACAAAAAUUGUACAAUUUGGUUUCAGUUACAAUAUUCCCUUCAUAGACAAAAUCCAACCGGUGGUUUUCGAUGGUAUGAGAGCACUGAAAGUGUUGACAAUCGACGGAAACGAAGUAACGGAAUUAAAUCCUUUCAAUCAAAAUUGGACAGUGAACUUAACACACCUGAGCUUACAAGAUAAUAAAUUAAGAGCAAUAUUCGCACCUGCAUUUAGUGGCUUAGAAAGUUUAAUCUCACUGGACAUGGCAUGGAACAAAUACCUUUUUGUCUUUAUGGCAACAUCGGGACUUGACAACAUUCAGUAUAUCGAUUUGAGGGGAAGUAGUAUAACUUUUCUACAUUUCAACACCCCAACUCUGAGAUUCCUGUUUCUUAAUAGUGUUUUAGACCAUCCCCAUCUGUCACCAGGAGCCUCCUUUAAACAUUUACAGUCACUUGUUGAGUUAAACAUGAGAGAUUCUCGCGUUUACGAUUCUAACUUGUGGGGCGGUGUAGAUGAGUCUCUUUUCGAUGGAUUAUUAAAUCUGACUUAUUUGGACCUGAGUAGAAAUGAUUUUAGGUAUGAUUUAACACCUGGGAUAUUUCGAGAACUCUAUGGAUUAAUAGAGCUCAAUCUAGAGGAGUGCUUUAUGACUGGCAUACACCCUUUGUUAUUCGUGGGCUUGGAAUCGCUUCAAAAAGUGAGCUUGAAAGGGAAUAACAUCAAGCAUCUCCGCGGUGAUCUCCUUUCUGUAUUGGGUCAAAUAAUAGAUAUUAACUUAGAAGGAAACCUGAUCGACUUCUUGGAUGACGUUAUGUUCCUCAACAACAAGAAGCUUACAAAUCUCUCUUUGGCCAACAACAAAUUAACGCGCCUUAAUCAAAGCACUUUCAAGCCGAUCUUUUCCUCUAUUUCAACAAUUGAUAUAUCAAUGAAUCCAAUUGUUUGUAACUGCGAUCUUAAGUGGCUGAUUGACUGGUUAAAGGGGUCCAUCGAACUCAAUCACAUAAAUAAUACAAUUUGUUCGCCAGCAUCUCUUAAGCCCCUUCGUUUAAAAACCCUGUUCCAUUUCAUCCAGAUGAACUAUGCAGUAUCAGGACUGGCCUUGUUUCCAUGAUUCCACUUGCUGUUGUUGGUGUGCUUGUUUUGGUUGUGGUUGUUUUUAACAAUCGAUGGCAUUUGAAAUACAAAAUCUUUCUCCUGAAACUAGCUAUCUUUGGAUACAAAGAGAUGCAAGAUGCCCGUGACCAUAACGAUUACGAGUUUGACAUGAACAUCAUGUUCUAUGACGACGACGAAGAGUGGAUUCGUGAUCAUCUACGACCUGCUCUUCAAGAACACCUUCCACAGUUCCAGAGGAACGUCUUUGGUGACAAUGACCUCGUCCUGGGUAUGCAUUACUUAGAUGCUGUGGAUCAUGCGGUGACCCAUAGUUACAAGACCAUCAUCGUACUCAGUAGAGCUGCUGUGAGAGACCACUGGUUCGUUCUUAAGUUUCGUACUGCCAUGGAUCACGUGAGUGAUACUCUGACUGAAUUCGUACUGGUGAUAUUCCUUGAAGACAUCCCAGAUGAUGAAGUGCCUUUCUUGGUGAGGUUGUAUCUAAGUGAUGGCAGACCUUACAUCAACUGGACAGAUGAUGUAAGAGGACAUGAAUAUUUCUGGAAUGAACUGUCCAAAAGGCUGACCAUUAAUCUUAUGACGAAUGAUAAUAUCCCCAACGAGUAGCACAGUUGGUAAUUAUUAUAGCGCAGUUACUACGUACAUACUAAAUUGCGCUUGAUACUUGGUAUAAAAAUUG